AUCAUUAACCCUCUCUUGGUUUGAUCCUUCUUCUUCUUGGGUUUUGAAUUAAUUUGAGAGAUUCUAGAAGUUCCACGUUUGGGCUUGUAAAUCCAAUACAGAUUUUGGAGUUAUUUGAGAUUUUGUGAGUUGGGUAGUUCUCAUUUUGAAGCAGACCAACUCUGUUUCGUUUUUUUAAUUUUCUCUGUAUUUCCUGGUCUGGGUCUUGUUUUAUUUGAGGGUUCUUUCUUUCAAUUUUGACUUUGUUUUUUGUUGUUAUUUUAUUUAUGGGAUCUGGGGUUUCGAAGGUGGUUGAUGAUGUCUUAUAGGUAUCCACCAGACCCACCUACUUGUUGUUCUUCAGCUUCAGCUGAACUGAAACUAUACCAAGCUUUCAUCUUUUCGAUACCAAUCAUCUUCACUUUCGUUCUUUUGUUCUUAUUUUACUUGUUCUAUCUUCGACGAAGAAGUGCAGAUUGGUCAUCUCGGCGGAUGAGGACACCCAACAGGAACACAGAACCCAUCUCCAUACCAUCGCAAUUUGGUUUGAAGAAGGAGCUUAGAGAGAUGCUACCUAUAAUUGUAUUCAAGGAGAGCUUUUCUGUUAAGGACACACAAUGCUCAGUAUGCCUGGGUGAUUACCAAGCUGAGGAUAAGCUUCAAGAAAUACCGGCAUGUGGCCACACUUUUCACAUGGAUUGCAUUGGCCACUGGCUUGCCACCCACAACACCUGUCCUCUUUGCCGCAUUUCCCUGUUACCAUCUCCUAAAACUACAACUGAACCUUCUGAUGAUCUAGUAGAAGCCCAGGCCCAUGAAGAACAAUCUGAUCAAGAAAUCGCAAGAGUUGAGAAUGCAGAUGGAACAUAUAUUCAAGUUCAAACAAGGACCGAGAGAGUUAGCGUUGGGCAAGAGAGGGGCAGUUAUGGUAUUAGAAAUGAAGAGGAGUUCCCUGAUGCAAGGAGAGAAGUUGAAGGGUGUCGAUGUGGUGGUGGAGUUUCAACUGUUGUGCUUAAUGUUGAAACAAAUGAUUCUAUUGAGCAAGAGCUUAGGUCAGAGCAUCCUUAAAGAGUAGUUUACUGUUGUAAUAUUAUGUUUUUAAUGUAAAGAAGCUCUUUUGUUAUGUAUAAAUGUGUUCAUAA